GGGGAGGGAGGGAGGAGGAGGAGGAGGAGGGGGGGCAACGCGAGAGUGAGCGGAGCACUAAAAAGUCUGCGAAGAAACACACGUUUGCUUUCUAACGUUCGUUUCUGACACAAGUAGCAGAGCUUUGAAGGCGGACUGUGCGAAACAUGCGACCGGGACGGAGUAAGCCGCUGCCGGACAGUUAGCCCAAACUACUGGAAGCGGAGGAGACGGAGAAAAAAAGGCUUCUCUUUUUAUUUUUGUAUUUUUUUUUUGGGCUGCCUCGAAUCGGGACGGUUGGUUGUUUCCCCGAAGCGAGUUGAGCAGAUUCAAACGGCCCCCCCCCUCCUGCCUCCCUCCCUCCAGUUUUACUACAGGACCCAGCGGCGAGGACCCUCAGCGACACCUUAUUCUGGGCUUUUUUUAUUUUAUUUUAAUUAUUUUUCGGUUUCGCGAAAGCCGGUUUGGAAACGGACGGAGACGGAGCCGCGCGGCUGUGGCCAGGACACCGCCGCUGGAAGCGGUAUAGCUCCCGAAAGGACUGAGAGGGGGAUAAGAGAGAGAGACGGGGAGAGAAAAAAAAAAGUUUUCAGCGUGUCUUUUACCAAGUUUUCCUAGACUGGAAACCAGAGCGGGAAGAAGAGGCCAGAGAGACUGACUUUUCCUUUCCGCUGGCAACUUUUUGUGGAGUUCGUCCAGUUUUGGUUUCCAGUUCAGCCCGAAGAAGCAGAAUGAAAACACCUGGAGAUACUGGGUUUGCCUUUCCAGAAUGGGCCUACAAGCCAGAGUCCAGCCCGGGCUCCAGGCAGAUCCAGCUGUGGCACUUCAUCCUGGAGCUGCUGAGGAAAGAGGAGUACCACGACGUCAUCGCGUGGCAAGGGGACUACGGAGAGUUUGUCAUCAAGGAUCCGGACGAGGUGGCCCGGCUGUGGGGGGCGAGGAAGUGCAAACCACAGAUGAACUACGACAAGCUCAGCAGGGCACUGAGAUAUUAUUAUAACAAGAGGAUCCUUCAUAAGACCAAAGGCAAGAGGUUCACCUAUAAGUUCAACUUCAACAAACUGGUUUUGGUCAACUACCCGUUUAUCGAUAUGGGUUCCACUGGAAGCAGCGUACCCCAGAGCGCGCCCCCGGUCCCCACCGGCGCAGGCACCCACUUCCGCUUCCCCCCCUCCACGCCCUCUGAGGUGCUCUCGCCCAACGAGGACCUGCGCAGCCCGGGGGGCAUGUUCAGCACCGUGGCGCGACGCAUGGCCCGCGGUUCCGUCAGCGACUGCAGCGACGGCACCUCCGUCAACUCCGAGAUCGAGGAGGGCAACGGGGGAACGGGAGAGGAGAGGGGGGAGAGGGGUGUUGGCGGUGGAGGAGGGGGCCCGGGCGGUGGAGGGAGCUACCGAAGCAUCAUCCAUCCCCGCCUGUCUCAUGAGACCCUUUUCCGCAUGUACGGAGGGCCGGGUAACCCUGCGGCCCACCCAGGGUCCCGCGGUCCCUCGGGACACCGCAUCCACCAGGAGCCCCUGUCCCCCUUCCCCGUGUCCCCUCUCCCUGGACCGCCAGGAGCAAGCCUCUUGGCCCCGCCCCUGUCUCCGGCGCUGUCCAUGACCCCGACGUCUCACCUCCCCUACACUCCCUCGCCCACGCUUUCCCCCAUGCUGGGCUCCCACUUCUCCUUCAACCCAGAAGACAUGAAACGCUACCUGCAGGCCCACACCCAGUCUGUCUACAACUACGGGCUCAGCCCCCGGGCGUUCCUGCAGUACCCCAACAUCGUCAUCCCUCAGCCCCACCGGCCGGCCGCCGACAAGGCCGGCCUGACCGCGGAGCGAGCCGCCGCCGCCGAGAGGGCCGAGAGAGCCGGAGGAGGGGAGAGGGCUGGAGACCGGCACCAUCAUCCGUCUCUGGCUCACUCCGCCCACCACCACACGCAGCCUCCUCACUCCGCCCACGCCCACCCCCACUCCCACCCCAUGCAUCACCCACUCCACCUGGGAGAGGAGCCCCCUCACAUGUCUCCCUUCAAGUUCAAGCUGCAGCCGCCUCCGCUGGGAAGGAAGCAGAGAGAGGGACAAGGCCAGAGCAAACCCAGGCAGAGCUCCCUGUCCUCGGGCUCAGGAUCCGGGUCCAUGUCCUCCACCUCCGGACUCGGGUCCUCGCUGUCCUUCGGCAGCGACCUGAGCUCGGCCAGCGGCUCGGGCGUCAUUUCUGCUUCCUCCUCCACGCAGUCGUUGAACAGCGCCGGACUCCCAAAGAUAAAGGUGGAGCCCAUCUCCGACAUAGAGUCGGAGGAAGAGGUGGAGGUGACGGACAUCAGCGACGAAGACCCAGACGAAAGAGAUAACGAGUUUGAGCUGUUCUCCCUUCGACACUCCAGAGUUCCUAACCAUCAUCAUCAUCACCUCUCCAACGGCGCGGCGGCCGCCCAGCAUCAGCCGCAGGACGAGGACCUGGACGAGGACGUCUUCAAAGCCCCCGCUCCCCCUCCUCCUGGCCUGAUGCCGUUUUUCACCUCUCACCACGCUCACGCCGCCGCACACCGCGCGCUCACCGCCCUGAAGAGCGAGCCGGUCGACCCGGCCGAGGCCACGCCGUCCCAGCCGCCUGCGGCCGGAGCCUCGCAGGGCAAGUGCAUCCCUCUGAAGCUGCGGUUCAAGAGGCGCUGGAGCGAGGACCAGCGCAUGGAGGCCUCGCAGGAAGAGUCGGACGACAAGAAGGUCCGACCCGAGGAGGCCAGGGGGAAGGAGAGGCAGAGCAACGGAUGCGUGGAGAUGGAGGAGGACGGGGCGGGCAGCGGGGAAGGAGACGCAGAGAGCCCUCCGCCGUUAGCUUACGAGGGCUCGCUAACGGUACCCGCGGCGUCACACAGGAGGGUGAGCGCCGAGCUGCACCGCGCCACCGCACAGCUGUCCCUGGAGAAUAAAGACUGCUGAGCCCAGGAGGAGCCCCGACACUACUGCCCCAGCAGGACAGGAGUUUGUAAAUGGUUCCUCCGUAAUCCCACUCCCACACUGACAAACCAGACGACCCACAGCAGAGCCUGAGGAGCCGCGCUCCUCAACCUGACGAUCAGGCCCUCCAUCAUCAACCAGGCAGCACGGCUCCCAUCUCCAGCAGACACACAACUCUGUCCUCAGGAGCAGCGACCCCUGAAACCCACCCAGGACGACCCCAGUGGGUCCGUCCCCCACAGGCCCACGGGACGUCUAAGUGCCUGCAUCAAAGGGAAGAUCAUGUCUUUGUGGGACGAGAAGGAAGGCGAGUUUGAGACUGGUGAGUGGGGCUGCUGGGUGUUUGUCUGGCCCUCUCCACUCAGGGAAGCCUUUUGCUGUAUCUUUAUCGGACCCACACACACACACACACACACACACACACACACAACACACACACGCACACACACAAGCAGCUAACAGCGAACAGGACUUGAGGGACCGUGACAAACUCCCCAACCAAGCAGAGACUUUGACUUUCCCUCAACGUUUAACUUUAACACCGCCCUUCCUCUGCAUUUCCUCCUCUUCUGUUUUUUUCUCUCUCUCUCUCUUGCGGACCACUGACUUUCUCUCCUCGCAAAAAAUCACGUGAACCCCAGGGUGACGUGAGGAGGAGGAGGAAGGAAGGAAGGAUGAAGAAUCACCUGAAGUAGUCUCCUGCUGCGCCGUAGUUCAGCAGCUCGAUCUCGUCUAACGACCGCAGGGGUUAAACUAAACCAGCAAAGACGCUCGCCCAGCACUGCCGUCACAACCCCCCCCCCCCCCCCACACACACACACACACACAGACACACACUGCCGCCGUUCGCCUUCUUUCCGACGCUUGUAAGAUAGAUCAAACUGAGCUCUAACACCACGCACGCAGAGUUUAUCUUUAUAUGUAUUUAAACAGAGACGAUUACUGAGGAAAAAAAAAAACGCUGUUUUGACGACGUAACGGAUUCAGGGGCUGCUUUUUGUUUCUUGGUACGUGGAUCAUUUCCAGAUGGCGUAGUUUCUGGGGGCAGCGGAACGUGGUGGUGGGGUUUUCUUGUAUAUUUGUUUCAUACAUAAACAAAGCGCUCAGGCCAGUCCGCCAGCAGCAGCAGCAGCAGAAGGAAGGAGAAAACCAGCAGACCUGCUAAUGAUUCAGAGCGUUUUGUUGGCUCUGCUGUUCACUUGGUUUUUGCAGUAGCCUGCCCUUUCAGCGUGCAGCGCUCUGUUUUUUUUCCUGUCUGCAGUCUCGCUCGGCUCAGCGGGGUUCUCCCUGGUUGGAGCGGUCCUGGCUGCAGGCCACCCCUCUCUCUCUCUGUCUCUCUCUCUCUCUCUCUCUCUCUCUCUCUCUGUGCAUGCUCUCAGUGUCAGCUCGUGGCUUAUUAGCGAAGCAGCAAUCCUGCACUGUCCACUUGGUGUUAACGCUUCAAAGUUCAGCACAGUUGAGAGAAGGGAUCAGAGGUUACGGUGAGAGGAGACCCCAUCCCGACCGGCUGCUCACUUUUUCACCCACAGACUACCAGGCCGGGGUUUUAUUUUAUUUUUUUCGACUGGCUUUGACGUCCUGCAGCCGCCUGGUUGGUCACCUGUGCGACACGACAGAUCUUUAGCGCUGAACGUUUACGUUACUGUACCUUUGACACCCGGGUAUUGCAUCGUUGUAACAGGGAAAAAGAAAAGGCGCACAGAUUUGAAACUGUUUACGUUUGUAAAUAAAUCUGAAAAGUGUGGUGUGCAUUUGUCGGCGGCGCCAGGCAUCCUGGGAUAUGUCUCUCCCAGCGUUGUACGCCUUUCUCAUCUUCUCAGCCCAAAAAAUAGAAAUUUCCAGCUCUUGUCACAGGUUUUUUUAACUGGAUUUAAGUCUGGGCUUUGACUAGGCCAUUCUAACACAUGAAUGUUGUGAGCUAAAGCAUUGCGUUGUAGCUCUGGCUGCGUGUUUUGGGUUAUUCACCUACUGGAGGAGGAACAUCUUUACAGCCUCCCUGAUGAAUAAAAGCAUUCCCUCAGCAUCAUACUUCCACCUCCAUGCUUCAUUGAUGGGGUUUUCGGGCUGAUCUUUUAGAGGAAGUUAUAUUUCUGCCUUUCGGUUGCUGGGUCUCGUCUAUCUGGGUAAAACUGCAGAUACGACUUCUUUUAGCUCUCAGUUUUCAUAAAGGCCAGAUUUGCAUGACUAGGAGCGCUGUAGAGCUCUGCAGCUCCUCCAGAGUUACCGUCGGCCUCCUGGCUGCUUCUCUGACUCAAAGCCUCUGAUUUUAGAUGGGGGCGGCCAUGUCUGGUCAGGGUUGCUGCUGUGCCAUGCUCUCCAUUUCCAGCUGAUGUGUCUAACAAAGCUCAGCCUUUUAAAGAGCAGCUGGUUUUAUACUGAGGCUAAAUUACACGCAGGAGGACUCCAGUUACCAAUCAAUGACCUCUAAAGAAUAAUUACAAUGAAACAAGGCCGAAGAUAAAUGCACGCCACACCUUUCAGAUUUCCUACCAGGAAAAAACUGCUUUUACGACGGUCUUUCACAUAAACCCCAUGAAAACGUACCAGAGUUUGUGAUUUGUGGGACAACACACACGUUACAAUGGAUGGGUCUGCAGUCUGUCUGUGCGGCUGAGCUGAUUGAAUUUCCCUCGUUAAGACCCCCGGUGUUCUGGACUGAAGCUUGUCACAACACACACCCUUACACCCACCAGGUCGUACGUCUGUAUUUGAGCUGACAGCUGCCUUACUGAACCACAUCUCAGCGACGGACAGCCUCUGCCGCUCUGCGCUCUCACCGCUGAGCGUUCCCUCGCUCAGGGUGCAGAGAGUCAUCCGCAGAGCGCAUCCUGUUACAGGCCUCUACUGUCCAACAGCACAGAUUUUACAUUUCUCUAUUUAAAAAUAAACAAAACAAAAAAAGACUACAGAUUUAUUUGGUUUAUUUUUAUGACGUGACACAUGAACAUAUGGUUAUUGUUGUUUUUAUGGUUCUCAUCGAGUAGUUUACCUCUCCUCCGCCUGGCAUUAUUUCUAUUCCGCGGCUCUGCUACCUGUUGCUUCUUAUGUCGUGAGCAUCACUGUAGAGGGUAUUGAUGAGUUGAACUUCAUUCCCUGUAUUGACUCCUUUCCAGCUUUUAGUUCCUUUUUUUUUUUUUUUUUUUGCUGUUUAAUGUAUUAUAAGUGACAUGUGCGAGAUUAAUUUCAGUGCUGACAGAGAAAUGCCACCCGGGAUGGAGCAGGAAGGGAAGCGGGCGAGGGGUUUUUAUUUCAGGGCACAGAGGGAGUUUUUAAUCCUCUUUUCUUGUCAUUUUAAUUUUAUAAUGUUACUUUUAUCGCUCAUUCUUGUAUAUUUUCCUUGUGUUUUUUUUUUUUUUUUUUUUUUGGGAGGAGGUGUAUGAUUUUAAAAGAAAAAAAAAGUUGUGUUUUACUGUGUAAAGAUCUCCCUCUUUCAUUCUGUUCUCUCUUUUCUCCCCUGAGCUGUUGCGUAACACCUCACACGGAGACAGGAGAGUUAAUACUAUGAUGUAACAUCGAAUUUCUGCGCUUCUUUCAUUGUUUUAUUUUUUUUUUGUUGUUGUUUUUUUUUUUUUUUCAAACUUGUAAUUAAGAUGUAAUCAGGGUUAAUUAAAACCAGUUAAAACCCCAA